AGGCAUAGUAAAAAGAAGAAGAAGACUUUAUUAAUGUGUCUAACAUAAAAACAAAACAAGAAAAACAAAGGGAAAGAAGGAGAAGUUGGGGCGGUGAUGGCAAGUGGAGGAGUUUCAAGAGAAACCCAGAUGUCUAUUGAAGCUUCUUCAAUGUUUCCUGGUUUUAGAUUUUCCCCAACUGAUGUCGAAUUGAUUUCUUAUUACUUGAAAAGGAAGCUGGAAGGAUUUGACAAGUGUGUCGAGGUCAUUCCCGAGGUUGAAAUUUGUAGAAAUGAGCCUUGGGACUUACCAGACAAAUCUGUCGUAAAGUCGGAUACCGAGUGGUUCUUCUUCUGCGCUCGUGGGAGAAAGUACCCGAAUGGUUCCCAAAGUAGACGUGCAACUGAACAGGGUUACUGGAAAGCCACAGGGAAAGAGCGCAAUGUCAAGUCGGGUUCUAAUGUGAUCGGUACAAAGAGGACUCUAGUGUUCCACACCGGUCGUGCACCAAGAGGAGAAAGAACGGAAUGGAUCAUGCACGAAUACUGCAUGGACGGAAUGCCCCAGGAUUCACUAGUUGUUUGCCGCCUUAGGAAGAAUAGUGAGUUUCGUCUGAAUAACACAUCAAACCGAGCUCCUCGGACUCCACCGGUUAUGCAUGACAGCAACCGUGCUACCUCUGAUGGUGCUACCGACCAGACUGGCACUUCCGAACUGGACAAAGCCUAUUUGAAGAAGGGUGCUAGUAGUUAUGAUUCUCAUUCUAUUGAGCAAUUCGAGUCUGCAUCUGAAUCCGAGCAAAAACAAUCCAACGAGGUCGGACCGACAGAAUCUUCUACACCUCAGAAGGAUUCUGACGCCGAAGAAGAUUACUUUGCCGAGAUACUGAAAGAUGAUAUAAUCAAGCUCGAUGAAACACCAUCGUCGGCUAGACCGGAUGUCUCGCCUACGAUUGCAAGCACUUCCAAUGCCUAUCACAGGAGAGGUCAGCAGCAGAGGCAAGAGCAUGAUCUCCAUGUAUCUCAUUUCCAGGGCACGGCAAACCGGAGAAUCAAAUUGAGGAGGCCUAAAGCAGACGAGUUUCUAGCUGCCAAGGCAUCGACGGAGUCGGAACGUCAUAUUGGGGAGAUCUCAAUCGAGAAACUAAGUUCUCCGAAGUCCGUUGACUCGCCAAAAUGGCUGCUAUCUUUGUUUUUGCGGUCGACUGUCACUCUCCGGCUCAUUUAUGCAACUUUUGUUAUCCUCACUUUGCUAGCUUUAGUUCUUACAUUUUUAGGAGCUCCAAGCCUGUUAAAAACUCCAGAUACAUGCUACUUUGACACAUUUAUAUAA